ACAUUUAUUCCAUGGGACAAAACUAGGUCCAGAUUAUGACUGUGGCAGUGAGUAGGUCCAGAGACAUGUUGGACAAAACCCACUGAGUCGAUGAUGGCUCCGAAAGACUUUUGGAGUGGGUCUGUGGACUUCUCCAUGUGAAUAUUAAAAUCACCAAACAUUAGAAUAUGAUCUGCUAUGACUACAAGGUCUGAUAGGAAUUCAGGAAACUCAGAGAGGAACGCUGUAUAUGGCCCAGGAGGCCUGUAAACAGUAGCUAUAAAAAGUGAUUGAGUAGGCUGCAUAGAUUUCAUGACUAGAAGCUCAAAAGACGAAAACGCCAUUUUUUUUUUUGUAAAUUGAAAUUUGCUAUCGUAAAUGUUAGCAACACCUCCGCCUUUGCGGGAUGCACGGGGGAUAUGGUCACUAGUGUAACCAGGAGGUGAGGCCUCAUUUAACACAGUAAAUUCAUCAGGCUUAAGCCAUGUUUCAGUCAGGCCAAUCACAUCAAGAUUAUGAUCAGUGAUUAGUUCAUUGACUAUGACUGCCUUUGAAGUGAGGGAUCUAACAUUAAGUAACCCUAUUUUGAGAUGUGAGGUAUCACGAUCUCUUUCAAUAAUGGCAGGAAUGGAGGAGGUCUUUAUCCUAAUAAGAUUGCUAAGGCGAACACCGCCAUGUUUAGUUUUGCCCAACCUAGGUCGAGGCACAGACACAGUCUCAAUGGGUAUGGCUGAGCUGACUACACUGACUGUGCUAUUGGCAGACUCCACUAAGCUGGCAGGUUGGCUAACAGCCUGCUGCCUGGCCUGCACCCUAUUUCAUUGUGGGGCUAGAGGAGUUAGAGCCCUAUCUAUGUUGGUAGAUAAGAUGAGAGCACCCCUCCAGCUAGGAUGGAGUCCGUCACUCCUCAGCAGGUCAGGCUUGGUCCUGUUUGUGGGUGAGUCCCAGAAAGAGGGCCAAUUAUCUACAAAUUAUAUCUUUUGGGAGGGGCAGAAAACAGUUUUCAACCAGCGAUUGAGUGCUGAGACUCUGCUGUAGAGCUCGUCACUCCCCCUAACUGGGAGGGGGCCAGAGACAAUUACUCGAUGCCGACACAUCUUUCUAGCUGAUUUACACGCUGAAGCUAUGUUGCACUUGGUGACCUCUGACUGUUUCAUCCUAACAUCGUUGGUGCCGACGUGGAUAACAAUAUCUCUAUACUCUCUACACUCGCCAGAUUUAGCUUUAGCCAGCACCAUUUUUAGAUUAGCCUUAACGUCGGUAGCCCUGCCCCCUGGUAAACAGUGUAUGAUCGCUGGGUGAUUCGUUUUAAGUCUAAUACUGCGGGUAAUGGAGUCGCCAAUGACUAGGGUUUUCAAUUUGUCAGAGCUAAUGGUGGGAGCCUUCGGCGUCUCAGACCCCGUAACGGGAGGAGUAGAGACAAGAGAAGACUCAGACUCAGACUCCGACUCGCUACAUAAUGGGGAAAACCAGUUGAAAGUUUCUGUCGGCUGAAUGAGCGACACCGGUUGAGCAUUCCAACAGCAUUUCCCUCCAGAAGCCAUGAGAAAGUUGUCCGGCUGUGGGGACUGUGCGGGGGGAUUUAUACUAACGUUACUAUCUGUACUUACUGGUGGCACAGACGCUGUUUCUUCCUUUCCUACACUGAAAUUACCCUUGCCUAACGAUUGCGUCUGAAGCUGGGCUUGCAGGCGAUCGUUCUCCUGUAUAUUAUGAGUACAGCGACUGCAAUUAGAAGACAUCAUGUUAAUGUUACUACUUAGCUUCGGCUGUUGAAGGUGUUGACGAACCAUGUCCAGAUAAAGUGUCCGGAGUGAAAAAGUUGAAUGAGGGAAAAAAGUUGCGAUGGAAAAACUAAAAAUAUAAACGGUAAUUAAAAACAAAAACAAAACAAAAAACGUAAAGUUGUCAGCUAGCAAAGUAAAGUAAAGUUGGCAGCAAAACGCACAGCAACAAAACGCACAGCAACACGUCUGCAGAUUCAACAGCAUGUCAUUACAUGCAUGUUACACAUGCAUGUGGAACAUGUCAUUACACCUUUAACUGUUUACAAUACAUGAAAAAUGACACUGACUUGUCACUUGACAUUCAGUGACAUAAGAUGCCUUUACAUCUUUUGACAUUUGUUAUGUCAUGUUUAUGACCAUAAUAUGACACUGUUAUGACGUACAGUUCAAAUAUAGUGUUACCAAGGUACAUUCUGUGUUCACCUAUAUAACUUGUUUCCUGAAGAUGACAACAUAAUAUGUAUAUAUUGUUUUUGUUUUUUUCAUGAGAAGUUGAAUGCCAAGUUUUAUUUUUUAUCAAAAUGUAAAUUGAAUCUGACUUUUACUCAAAGGAAUAUGUUCAUAAUGUUUUUGUUUUAUUUAUGACAGAUUUGUAUGUGUGUAGUUUACCAAAUAAACUGUAAACUGUAGUUUAUACUGUAUGUUGAGGUUGGAAUUCAAACAUUUGAUUUUAGACCAAUGACAGCAUUAAGAGAUGAAAACGAUUGGACCGUAGCAGCAACAUUGUAUCGACUCUACUUAUUUGAAAGUAAUGACAUCAUCCUGUGUGACGCAUUGGGAAACAACGUUCAACGGAAGGAAAUCACAGAAGAUUGCGCAGAGUUGAGGACGUAGGCUAGCAAUCGCUUGUACAGCACUACAACAAAAUAAUUUAGUUAAAAUAUUUAGUAUUGUCAAAAGUUGGUACUCAAAUUGUAUCUACACUGAGAGUCCAACCUGGAAGGACAGGAAAGUAACGUGUACCGUUCCAGGAAGAAAACCACUAAAGAGAUUGAGUGCAAUAUUGUGCCGAAAUCAGAACAUUAUGGGAGCUGUCUUUGGCGCCUUUUCUGUCGCAAGCUGGGUGCCAUGUCUAUGUAGCAGUGCGACAUGCUUGCUGUGCAGAUGCUGUCCCCAGAGCAAGAACUCCACGGUGACGCGAGUCAUCUACGCCUUCAUCCUGUUGCUAGGGACCAUUAUAGCCUGCAUCAUGCUGUCACCGGGAGUGGACGAGCAGCUAAAAAAGAUUCCUGGGUUCUGUGAAGACGGAGCAGGCUCUUCUAUCCCAGGAAUCCAUGCCAACAUGAACUGUGAGAUCUUUGUGGGCUAUAAAGCCGUGUACCGGGUGUGCUUCGGCAUGAGCAUGUGUUUCCUGGUGUUCGCUCUGAUUAUGAUCAACGUCAAGAACAGCCGAGACCCACGCUCUGCCAUCCACAACGGGUUUUGGUUCUUUAAGAUUGCCACCAUGGUUGCAGUGACAGUCGGUGCCUUUUAUAUCCCUGAGGGGCCUUUCACUCACCUGUGGUUCGUGGUGGGUAUCUGUGGGGCGUUCUGCUUCAUCCUGAUCCAGCUGGUCCUGCUGGUGGAUUUUGCCCACUCCUGGAAUGAGUCCUGGGUGGAUAACAUGGAGAGCGGGAACUCCAGGGGCUGGUAUGCUGCCUUGCUCGCUGUAACUGGACUCAACUACAUCAUGUCCUUUAUCGCCGUUGUCCUGAUGUACCUGUUCUACACUCAGUCAAAGGGCUGUCUGCUCAACAAAUUCUUCAUCAGUUUCAACAUGAUUCUCUGUGCUGUAGCCUCUGUCGUGUCCAUACUGCCCAGAGUACAGAAAUUCCAGCCCCAAUCCGGUCUACUCCAGUCCUCCUUCAUGACUAUGUACACCAUGUAUCUGACCUGGUCGGCCAUGACCAACGAGCCUGACCGUACAUGUAACCCCAGCCUGCUGAGCAUCUUCCAGCAGACACUGGUGCCCACGCUGACCCCACUGGAGAUCGAGAACCAGACGACUGUGGUGAUCAUUGGCACCGAAGAGCCCAUCCUCUCCUCCCCCUAUCUGCAGUGGUGGGACGCCCAGAGCAUUGUGGGAUUGGCCAUCUUCAUCCUCUGCAUCCUCUACUCCAGCAUCCGCUCGUCCAACACCAGCCAGGUGAACAAGUUAACCAUGGCCUCUAACGACACAGUGAUCCUGGAGGAGAGUAAAGCAGGCACCCCGGACGAGGAGGGAGGGACGGGGAGCAAGGGUCCCAGGCGGGUGGAGGAUAACGAGAGGGACACGGUCCAGUACAGCUAUUUCUUCUUCCACUUCAUGCUCUUCCUGGCUUCGCUCUACAUCAUGAUGACUCUCACCAACUGGUACAGUCCUGAUGCAGACUACAAUGCCAUGACCAGCAAGUGGCCGGCGGUUUGGGUGAAGAUCUCCUCCAGUUGGGUGUGCCUUACCCUCUAUACCUGGACCCUGGUCGCCCCAAUGAUACUCACCAACCGGGACUUUAGCUGAAAACGGUUCCACCAACGCAGUAUUUUCUUUUCACUUUCCUUAUUGUUAUUCCUGAUUUAGUAAAAAAAAAAACUGUGCGUUUUACAUAGACAUUGACCACAUUGCCUACAUUUCAAAUGAUUGCCUGUCAAAAUGAACUGUUUUGUUUUGUGUAUUAGAUGUUGAUGGUUUCGCAUAACAAAUCUCUUUAGUUAGCCUUUUAGAUGCAUUAGAAGAAAUAUUCACAUAUGAACCUGGUGUUAAAUCGCUAACCUUGUUGGUACAUUUGAAGGUUUACACAUGUGUUUUUUAGUCCAUUUUGUGCAAUUAGGGACCAAAUCAUGUAUUGAUGGUUGACCUUUAUGUCAAAGGAACAUUUUAUUUUUUUAUUUUUUUGUACAUUCUCUCAAUGUAAAUUCAUCUUUGACUGACUGACAUUACAAACCAAAUAUAAGAAUGUAAGAUCCUUUAUCUCUUGAGUAAAUAUAAACGGAGUAUACCAAACAUUAGGAACACCUUCCUAAUACUGAGUUGGAUCCCCCCUUUUGGACUCAGAACAGCCUCAAUUUGUUGGGGAAUGGACUCUACAAGGUGUCGAAAGCGUUGUGUUGUGACAAGGUAGGGGUGGUCGACAGAAGAUAGCCAUAUUUGGUAAAAGACCAAGUCCAUAUUUUGGCAAGAACAGCUGAAAUGAGCAAAGAGAAAUGACAGUCCAUCAUUACUUUAAGACAUAAAAGUCAGUCAAUCAAAAAAUGUCAAGAACUUUGCAGUCGCAAAAACUAUCAAGCACUAUGAUGACACUGGCUCUCAUGGGGACCGCCACAGGGAAGGAAGACCCAGAGUUACCUCUGCUGCAGAGGACAAGUUCAUUGGAGUUACCAGCCUCAGAAAUGGGCAAUUAACUGCACCUAAGAUUGCAGCCCAAAUAAAUUAUUCACAGAGUUCAAGUAACAGACACAAAUCAACAUUAAGUGUUCAGAGGAGACUGCGUGAAUCAGGCCUUCAUGGUUGAAUUGCUGCAAAGAAACCACUACUAAAGGACAGUAAUAAUAAGAAGAGACUUGCUUGGUCCAAGAAACAUGAGCAAUCGACAUUUGACGGGUGGAAAUCUGUCCUUUGGUCUGAUGAGUCCAAAUUUUAGAUUUUUGGUUCCAACCGACUGGUGCUGUAUAUUUAGCACUUCUAAUUACAAAAAUAUCGACUAUGUCAGAUUAAUUGCUUCAUAUCAGUUGAAUUAUUUGUUUCAAAGCAUUGAUUCUGUCAUGACUGUCCACAAGAAUCCAAAUAGGUCAGAUCAGGUUUGCAAUGAAUAACUUAAAUCAGACCCCCUCUCACCCGCUGUGAGUGGUAAGGAAAGAACUAGGGUGGGUUAACAACUCAUGACCUGUUGUUAAUCAAGAUUCAGGUCCCUCUCCAAAUUUACCAAAGGAAUGUGCCUUUUUUUUAAAAGAGACUUUUCCAGAGGAAACUAACACGUUCAAAAAUCAAAUACUGGAACAAUAUUUCUAACAUAUAACUUGGGGAAUGUUCACUUUUUUAUUUUGUGAUGUCAUUAAAAUUGUUAUAAAGGAAAUACUGUAACUUGGAAAGUAUACCCACUGCGUAUAUGACGUGUCCAUCCUAUGCGUUGUGCAUGUAAUAUGAAAAAUUAUGAAAGUAUUUUUGUUAAGAGAGGGAUUUGAUUUUUAGGAGCCAUUAGAGAUCAUUGUUUUACAUAAACUUUGCACAGUGACAAGUCAUGCAUUCAUAAGUUAGGCUCAGGUUUUGCAGACUAGGAGGUUGUGACUGUUCAGAAUGAUAUGAUACGAGGUUAUGAUUAAUAAGUUGACUGUUUAUAGAUGUGAUAGGUAAAGACCUCGGGUAACAAUUAAACAUAGUUAGUUAGAUAAAUUAGAUUAGAUAAAUAAGUCUUCCGAUUAAUGUUAAAGUCAAGUCACGACAAUUCCCUUUACUGUUAUAUUUAAGUCGCUUAGUAUGAGAUUAGGUGACAUGAUGUUCAGUAAUUGUUUUGCUUCCACUUAUAUCCUCAGUUCCGUAUUACAGACGCUUAUUUAGUUAUAGCCAACGCUGUUUAGUAGUAAUUGAGUUUGCAUAGGUUUAUCCUAACAUGAUUUAAUAGUGGAUUAAGCUGCCAUCCCCCUUCCAAUGCCUUACGUACUGUAUCUGUAAAUUGUGUAUUAUGAAUCUUUGAAUUGAGAGCAACAUGAAAGUGUAGCUAUCAGUGUUUGUGGAUUGCUUUCCAAAAACAUCUAUUUCAACAAUCUACUUCAAGUGUUUAUGCUUCUGCCAAGUAUUUGUGUAAUCUUUGUCAUGUUUGUUUAGUGUCUUGGAAAUUGAUGAAUGUAAAUGACAAUCAAAAGGCUGAAGGCAUGCUUUCUGAAGGAACUGAAGCAUAUUUAGCAUGUUGCUAUCGUGAGUGAAAAUUAAAGGUAUCUACAACCAAAACCCCUACAUAAAAUGCAGGCCUUUUAUACUGUAAGCCCAUCUACUUCUGUUUAUUAAAUGUAUGGUUUGCAUUUAGGCCUAUGGUUCAGUUCCAAAUAGAUUUUGUGUUAUAUGCACACACCACAAAUUGUUACCCUAUAUUUGGUGAAUAUGACAUAAUUAUGACCACAAAUACGAAAUAUGCUGAUGCACCUGAUUGGAACAUGAUGGUUUAUAGGUUAACAUUGCCAUUGUGAUAUUAAUGAAAAUGUAUUUUUUAUUAUUUUUUCAUUCAAACUGUAGUUGUGAUGAGGGUUUGCUUGUGGAACAUGCUUCAUUUCCCAUUUGAACUGCAACUCUUUAAAAAUUAUUGUAUGCUAUGUAGGAUAA